CAACGCGCGAGCAGGACAAACGACUAUUCCUCGCAGCUGCACAUAUCGCACCGCAAGCAAUCCUCACUUCGCGAUCUACCACCUCGUCGCUAACGGUCCAUUUCGCCUCGCUAUCUCGCCCUGAACCGUGUCACCAUCACCCUCCAGCAAUCGCCACAACAGCUCGCCGUGCGCAUCACGAACACCGCCAUUCACCGAUCCACGGACUCGGCGCAACGCUAGAAGGAGCAUCAGGGGCUAUUUGACUACUUGAGUGUACACCGGAACUCCAGUUCGUUGGCCACGCGCCGGUUGGCGCAUCGCUCGAAAUGAGUGAUCUCGACAAAGCCAUAGCGCAGUUGCGCGCCUGUCGACCCAUACCAGAAACACAAGUGCGAGAACUCUGCUACAAAGCGCGUGAGCUGCUUAUAGAAGAAGGCAAUGUGGUCAGCGUGGAUGCGCCGGUAACGAUAUGCGGUGACAUUCAUGGACAAUUCCACGACUUGAUGGAACUCUUUCGCGUGGGUGGCGAUGUGCCAGACACGAACUACCUCUUCAUGGGCGACUUCGUCGACAGAGGCUUCUAUUCGCUUGAAUCAUUUCUUCUUUUGCUUUGCUUGAAAGUGCGCUAUCCGGAUCGCAUCACGCUUAUUCGCGGCAAUCAUGAAUCGCGACAAAUCACGACCGUCUACGGCUUCUACGACGAAUGCUUACGCAAAUACGGCAGCGCCAAUGUCUGGCGAUACUGCUGCGAGGUCUUUGACUAUCUAGCACUGGGCGCCUUGGUGAUGGGUGCGGCAGGAGACAUCGAUCCCACAGACGCGCCGUUCGCAGAUCCUUCUGGCUCCCAUCCCCCUCACGAGGAUGUUGAAAUAGAGAUUCUGAACUCGCAAGGCCAGAUCAUGAACCGAUACGCGCGCUCUCGGUCGGCUUUCCUGAGCCACGACAACUCGACACUAUCCAAUGAACCUGCUUCACCUUCGCAGACACAGGAACAGACACCAUCAUCUCGGACUGGUCCACCAGGGACAGGUGCAUCAGGGGCAAGUCGAGGCAGCGCGAGCAACACUGGUGGUGCAGUUCUGUGCGUGCAUGGUGGUCUAAGUCCACUCAUAGACAGUAUCGACAAAAUCCGUCUCCUGGAUCGGAAGCAAGAAGUACCUCACGAAGGUGCUAUGUGCGAUCUCCUCUGGUCGGAUCCGGACGAGAUUGACGGAUGGGGUCUGUCGCCACGCGGCGCUGGCUUCCUCUUCGGCUCUGACAUUGUGAAAUGCUUCAAUCACAAGAAUGAUCUCAGUCUCAUCUGUCGCGCCCAUCAACUGGUCAUGGAAGGUUUCAAGGAGAUGUUCGACAGUACGAUAGUAACGGUGUGGUCAGCUCCCAACUACUGCUACAGAUGCGGCAAUGUGGCUGCAAUUCUAGAGCUCAGCGAAGACGGCGCGAACGCAGGCUAUGCGCAAAGAAGCAAUGGUGAUGCAGGGAGAUCAAACAGCAUCCUGUCAGAACGGGAACAACCACCCAACAAGCCUGCACCUGGCAGAAGAUAUCGUGUGUUCGAUGCCGCUCCGCAGGACAGCAGAGGGAUGCCAGCGAAGAAGCCAGUCGCGGACUACUUCCUUUGAUGACCAGCUGUGCAGGAGAUGGCGUUUUUAUGGUACUGCAGCGUUCCAGAUACCCGUAUGCAUUGUAUAAAGCAUGGCUGCGCUGACUUCUCGUGGCUUGAACCAUUGGCUCAGUCUCUUGACUAUUCUCAAGAUGUAGUUCGUCUCUAAGUGGACAUAAGAGGCCCACGUUGAAGUGGGUAAAUAACGAGAUGACCCAAGUGAGGUUUCCAGGGCUUCUCGUGGAGAGACUAUAGGAAUCUAAAUAUAUAUACAAGGAGAACGAAGUGAUUUCGUCUCAUGCCUCCUCUCUUACCUUCCCUUCUUUCCAAC